UUGCUGUGAGUGAGUGCGCUGUAGAAAAAACAAACCAAAAACCUAUCAAAACCUAGUCGCAAGAAUGCCUAAUCAAAGAAAAAGGUCGUCGGAACGUUCGCUGUGCCCUCAAUAUGUUUUAGAGGAAGCUAGAAGACGAAUAGAAAAUGGUGAAAGCAAAAGAAAAGUAGCAUCGUCGUACGGGAUGAAAGAAAGUACUUUGCGGUAUCGCCUGAAGAGAAAAGAAGCUGCAACAAAGCUUGGUAGAUAUGAUUUUCCCCGAAAUUGAACAGGAAUUUUGUAAUCAUUUGGAAGAUCUUGACAAUAUGUUUCAAGGGAUGACUCCUAAGAAUUUG